AUGCCGGCGCCCACGCUCUCGGCCCUCCUAGCCGGCCUCUCCCGCCGCGCGACGUCCCCGGUGGCGGCGAGGCAGCUCCACGCGCAGCUCCUCCUCCGCGGCCUCCCGCUCCCAGCCCGCGCCGCCGUCACCCUCAUCGCCUCGUCCUCGUGCCCGCGCCACGCGCGCACCGUCUUCGACAGCGUCUCCGCCGCCUCGGCCAACGUGUACCUCUGGACGGCCGCCAUCUCCGCCUACGCGAGGUGCGCCGCCCCGUCCUCCUCCUCCUCCUCCCCUGCGGUCGCGGCCGAGGCGGUCGUGCUGUUCGGGCUCAUGCUCCGGUCGGGCCCGCGGCCGAACGCCUUCACCGUGACCUCGGUGGUCAAGUGUUGCUCCAAGCUGCGGGCCGUCCAUGAGGGGCUUCAGGUGCACGGUUUCUUGGCCAAGGCUGGAGUAGGAAGCUCAGUGCACGUUGGCGCUGCAUUGCUUGAUUUGUACGGGAACAUUGGCUACGUGGGAGAUGCAAGGAGGGUGUUUGACGAAAUGCCUCAGAGGAAUAUAGUGGUUGAGAACACUAUGGUGGCCUGCAAUGUGAGGGCCGGUGAUUUGGCAGCUGCACGGGAGGUGUUUGAUGGGAUGACAGAGAAGGAUCCGAUCUCGUGGAACACACUCAUGUCGGGAUAUCUGCAUACGGGGGAUGCUGCUGCUGCGAGGGGAUUGUUUGAUGAGAUGCCGUUGAGGAAUUUGAACAGUUGGAACAUAAUGAUUGCUGCAUGCUCUGAGGAAGGAUUGUGGGUUGACGCGGUUAUGGUUUUCAACAGGAUGCGUGUAAUAGGGUUCAAGCCUGAUGCUGCAACCAUGGCUGUGUUGAUGUCUGCGUGUGCGCAACUUGGUUCUUUGGCAGUUGCAGGGCAAGUACAUGGGCUUUUACAGAAGUGUUAUGUUGAGAUGAACUGCCAUGUACAGAACUCGUUGAUUGACAUGUAUGCCAAGUGUGGUAGCAUUAGCCAAGCUCAAUUCUUGUUUAAUGAGACAUAUCCAAAGGAUGCAGUGUCUUAUAAUGUGAUGAUCACUGCUUUUGCACACCAUGGACAUGCAAGAGAUGCACUGGAGCUUUUCAAUUUGAUGGUUGAUGUUGGGUUGCAACCUGAUGCCAUCACAUUUCUUGGUGUACUGUCAGCUUGUGCUCAUGCUGGGCUAGUGGACAAUGGAAAGCACUACUUUGAAUCGAUGAGAACGACCUACGCAGUUCCGCAAUCCUCAGACCACUACGCUUGUAUGGUGGAUCUAUAUGGUCGAGCUGGGCUGAUUGAAGAAGCACACUACUUUGUGAAGACAAUGACAGUGAAACCACAUGCAGGUGUGUGGGGAGCAUUGCUCAGUGCCUGCAGGCAGCAUUGCAAUGUUGAUGUCGGUGAGAUCGCAGCGAAAGAACUCAUCAGGAUUGAACCGAAGAAUCCUGGCAACUAUGUUCUUCUGAGAAACACCCUAGCUCGAGGCCAACAAUGGGAUGGUGUUGAGAAUGUGCAUCAAUCGAUGAGGGGAAAGGGUAUUGACAAAACAGCAGGGUGCAGCUGGGUUGAAGUGGAUAGUGUUCUUCAUGAGUUCUUGGCGGGAGACUUCUGCCAUCCCAGUUUUGUGGGGAUUUCUACUAUCCUGGAGCACCUGUAUAUGGAACUGAGUCAACUGAUGUAAGAUUCGUGUUGCUUUGAAGGAUUUAUAUGGUGGUCUGGAUAUUGUUGUACAUAAUAACUGGAAAGUGGAAUCAUCAUUUAUCAGCAGCUCAUAUCCAUUGUUUUGAAAACAAACUAUUUUUGUGAGAAGCUGAAUGUUUUUCUUUAAAAAAAAUUGAGGGGGGAUCCCCACCUGAAUUAUAUUAAAUCAAGAGGGAAGUCACAAUACAGGGAAGAAGUAUAAAGGGACU